GAGACUGGAACUCUAUUCCACACAGACGAACCCACAGAGGCUCGCAAAAAGCCGUCUCGCCUGCAACACACUCACUCUCUUCCUAGCACCGCUUGCAGUGGAUUCUCCAUCUUACUACAUACGUCUGCAGGUCAUUUAGUAGAGAAGCCAGCCCUUCCCCGCCUCAGGGGUCAGCAGAAUAGAGAACAACAUGUGACAAUCAGUGCCUCGAAGUCGACAGCAUGCUUCGAUUCCUUUGGACGAUGGCUCUCUUCUUCUGGUAUUAUUUGCUACUUCACAGCCGAGCUCUGGCCGACGAAGAGGCCACUGGGGAACUGACACCAUCAAGCAAAAAUUCUCCUGAAGAGAAGUCUAGCAUUUACUCGUGGCUUCCAUCCAUGCCCAAGUUUUCCUCAUUUGGCCUUUUUGGGAGCUCAGGUGGCAAAAAUGAAGACGCUGUCUCAACUACAACUGCCAAAGGGGUGACAGAACUAAUCGGUCUCUUUGAAGACCAUGCGGGAUCAGGAGAAGGGAGCAAUUCUGAGGAAUCUCAACAAACCACAAAGUUGACUCAAGGGCUCUUUAUGAGUGUGGCAAAGAUAAGAACUGAGCCACCUCCCACUGGGACAUCAGAUUUGCCAUACAGCAGCAUAGCUCACAGCAACAGUGAGACUUUUGUUUCUCCCACAAGCAGCUACAUCAGAAAUACUCUGUUCACAAACAGUCCUCACAGAAGUAACACUCCUGAACAAAACACAACACAUAUGCUAACACCAUGGAGAUCCACGACAGCGGAGACUUCUAGCACAGGUGCCACUGAAAAUCCCCUCCCCAAUAGUGUUUACCGGGAGACCAUCUUUCAUACAGAAAGGAUUUCCUCAACAAUCCCACCACAAGCUACAGCUCCCACUGCCCUGACAUGGAAAACAGUCCGAACCACAACACCCAACCCGGGACUGGUGGAGACUACUCAAACCAGCACACACCUUCUGGGGCUUGUUACUCUUCCAGCCAUUUCAGAAAGUAAUUUUGUUGGGGAACAAGAAGAUUUAUCUGUUAGUGUUGCCCUUCAUUCGGUUAAAGGAACAUCAGAAAUUCCCUCCACACAAAGUAACUCGAACUUGGGCUUGUCUGAGAUCAGUCUGGUGAACACUGAGCAGCAGCCAGGGGUUACUUCGACUUAUUUAAGGACAGAUCAUACCCCGGUGAAAGGCGCAACCUCAGACAUUAACCCCACACAAAACCCUUUAGACCUGGGUUUCUCUGAGACCAGUACAGUGAACUUCGAACAACAUUCAGAAGUAUUCCCUGCUGCCCUCAAGACGGAUCAUAACUUAGAAGUGGUCAGGACAACAUCAGAAAUAUACCACACACAAAACUACUUAGACAUGGGCUUCUCUGAGUCCACUACGAUGAAUGCCAAACAAGAGCCAGGAGUUUUCUCUUCUACCCUCAGGAAGGAUUCAAAUUUAGUGGCGGCGACCACAAAAGCAGAAAUCCAGACUCCACAAAGCCAUUUGGACUUGGGCUUCUCUAAGACGAGUAUGGUAAAUGCUGAACAACAGCCUCGGGUAUUCUCUACCACCCUCUGGAUCGAUCGUAAUUUAGCUGUGGAAUCCAUACCAAGCACAACUCAAAGCCAAAGGCCCAACUUUCCAAUUGUAGAAGAGCUACCAGGCAAAGAGACUAAGGAAGAGGAUGAGGCUGUGGUUACUUCAACUACAGACGGGGACGCUGACACACAUUUGACAGACACUUCCACAUCAUCUGGAGAGCUACUGAAAACAUCCACGGCACACAACAUAGGUAUCCUCUCUGAAUCUCCAUCAGUACUUCUGUACACUGAAGACUGGACAUCUAACCUACCAAGCAGUGACAGCACCUUACUUCCAGACUGCAAUAAGGAACGCUCUGGAAUCUGCAACCUCUCCUACACCUGGGAUGCCACUACCUCCCUGAGGAUGAAACCCACUCAAAAUAUCACUGCCACAAACCAGUCAACCAACGCCUUCCUAAUCCCAGCUACACCCAUGUUGGUGCCCUUAUACACCGACUGGAACAGCGCCAUGGCGGCCUGGGGCCUGGCGUGGGAGGCCCAUGUCUACGGUGCAGGCGGAGUCUUUGCGGCGCUAACACUCGCCUCUGCACUCAAUCUGCUUUGCUUGCCACUGAGAUGUCCGUCUGGGUGUGGCUAUUUUGCUCUAGUCAGCCUGUUCCUUCUAGCUGCUGCAUGCACCAGGUCCUUCUCCCUUCUUUAUGAUGCCUAUGGCCACCAGGAUCGCAUAUCCUCCACAGAGGCCUCGCUCUUGCUCUUUGAAGCACCUUUUCCCUGUCUUACUGCGGCUUUCGGUUUGGUUUUUCUUCUCCUCUCAAUGCGCUCAAGAAUGCAGCUCUCAUAUUCAGCCUUUCAGAGACCCUGUUUCCUGGCCUGUCUCGUUGUCUUGCACUUUGCUGCUGCAUUUGGUCCAGUGACUUUCUUGAAGUUCUACCGCCAAACGCCCCCUUUGUGCCUCUUUCUGUCGUUGAUCUCUCGUGGAGCCUUUGUGGCACUAGCAACAUUUCUAUCUGCUGCCUAUUUUGUUUUCUAUAUCUAUGUGCGGGCAGACUCAAAGCACAUCUAUCAUCUAAACAACACGUCUCCAACGCCAGCUGAACGCUACAACCGCUGCCCAUUUGCUGAGAGUCGGGACUGGAACCGUGCAGCUAUAACCGUUUGUCUUUCAGCAUUGUUUUCUCUAGCUUGUGCAGGACUGCAGUUUUAUGCAAUGCUUAACGCUAUGGGUGUUAUUGGUGGAGAGGAGGUAUUCUACCCUUGGCCCUGGUGGGCUUUCCAGUUUAGCUGUAGACUGUGCGAACUUGGGGUCUGUCUCACCUUAGCUUUAGUGGUUGCUCAACCAGUUUUUUGUUCCGACCAGCUUCCAGCAGCUGGAAGUUGUUGGACUGAACUCCUAGCAUCCAAGUCCCCCAUCCUGCCGGGGACCUACCAGUGGACACUCAGCCAGCAGGAGAAGCUUGCUAUUGUUGACACUGUUGGACUUGGCGAGACAGAAAGCCUUCCACUUUACACUCUGAUGGAUGAGAGACUUGGAAGCAGCCUGAAUGGCUUGGACCUCCUCUACCACAGCAACCGGGCCUUAGUAUAUCGAGAUCUCGACUUGGACUUAGGGUUAUUGGGUUCAGAAAAACCUGAGGAUGGGCGAGGCAGAGAGCCCUCAGGCGGAUCUUCAUUUUCAAGCGACUCCACUGCAGACCUGCGACCCCCUUCACCAAUCAACUUGCGCCGUAGCAUAGACGAAGCACUCUUCAGUGAAGCAUUGUUUCCCAUGAGCCUCUUCAGUCCUGUUAGACCUAUUUGCUGCAGUGACGCAUCUGUCAACAACCACUGGACGCUUCCAAGCAAUGGCCCCUGUGAUCCUCUCUCCACCGACUCCAGUCUUUAUCGAACCUCAUCCUGCCUCGAAAUGGCCUCUCAGCUCCAGUUUUCCGCCAGCCAGUCCCAAGGUGCAGCCACAGAAGGAGCUCCAACAUCUCCUUCCACGGGCUCAUCCUCCAGCAAUUCAUCAGCUGAACGUUGGAGAAGCAGUUCCUCCUCCUGCUCUCUGUACCGUGCCUCUCUUGCUGGCUCCUCUCUUGUUCUUUGCCCAAGUUCAGAGAGACAUACAAGGCAGCUUCCACAGGAAGGCUCACAUGUGGCCUCCCAUAACCCACAAAGACACUACCAAGCUCUGGGAGCUGCCUCACAGGAAAGCCUGAACCUGUCAACAACUGAGACAGAUCGAUCUGUGCAGCAGGAAUUUAUUACGGUUUGCAGACAAAUGGAUUCGUUAAGCAUCUGCAGUGAGACUAUAGAUUUAUAAAAACCCUCUUAAUAAAAUACUCUUAUUAAGAGGGACCUGAAAUGAGUGUCUGCUUUGUGCAGCAAGAUGAUUGGAAUUUUAAAUGGUAUUUGAUAGUGCAUGUCAGCUUUACGUACUUCUUAAACACUAUAGCUGCAAAAAUGUUUCAGGAGGUUUGAUAAGACUUCUUAAGGAUUUAGUGAAUGUUCUCGUGAGUCUAAGUGCCAAGACUGUCAAAAGCCAAGAGACUGUUUGUAAAUUUUACAUGUCUUAUAAAAGCAGAUGAUGCUAGUUAAAUUAAGAGUUACUUUUUAUUAAGUGGUGAUAUAAUAAGGAGGUAUUUGUACAAAUGUUUUUAUGGCAUUCCAACAUUCCAAUAGGUUGUACUGUGACAAAUAUAAGCUCUUACCUGCUACUGUUGUAAUAACCUACAUAAGCUUAGUUAUUAUAACAAAUACUUAGUCUGGAUGUUUUUUCUUUUCCCAAACGUAAACAUCUCAUAUCUACAUAUUUCUCUGAGGUAUGGUGCAGCACUGCCCUCUGCUGGCAUAUUAACAGUAUAUUUUACAUCUGUUUCAAUACAGUGUUGUAAGAGUGUUAGCCCCUUACAGAUUUCAUCAGUUUUUGCUUUUUUGCCACACAUAAAUGUUCCAACAAUAAUCAAACAAAUUUUAACGUUAGGUAACGAUAAAAUACAAAUAUAAAAUUCACUAUUCAAAUGACAUAAAAAAAAAGCUCUCCAAACCAAUCUCACCCUGUAUUUGAACCGCAAACCUUAUAAUUGUGACAACCUUGGUUGCAGUAAGUUCCAUUGAGAGCUUGCAACAACUAGCAGAAAGUUAAGACUUUGACUAUUCCAUUCUUAUAACUUCACUUUAUUUCAUUAUUUUUUCUUUUGUUUGUUUUGAGCAAUUUUAAUUCGAAAUUGCUAGGUAACAGGAUGUAAGCAAGGUGAUUAGUUUCUUGAGGGUCUUGCCAAAAAUGCUUAGCGUGUCACUUCAACCAGUGCUCAUUUUACACAUACAUAAAAUCAUUGGAGGAUAUACUGUAUGCUAAGAAUUUAAAAGAAAUUGUGAGAACUCACAGAUAUCUGUUCAAUCACUUGGAGAGAUGGAUGCUGCUGUUCCUUCUUCUGGUUAAGGGAGGCAGAAAAUACAAAGUAAAGUAUUUCUUUAGACUUGGAAGUGGACUCCCCCGUUGCUGUAGAUGGUGAUGGAAGUGGGUCAUGAAUGAACUGAAAUGGAAAACAAAGAAGCACAGCAUGCUACAAAGACUAUAAAACUAUACCGUAUAAUCAGUUCCAAUUGAGGAUAUCAAACUUACAGUUCACUGGAAUUCAAGAUGCAAUGUUCCGUCCUUCAACUUUAGUGCAUGCAACUUGCAGCAAUCCUACAUAGGUAAAAGAAAAUAUUUACAACAAGGAUAAUAUAAUCUUAAAAGCCUUUGUUGUAUAAUUAAGAGUUUUAUUUAAUUACACAGUGGCAAUAAAUUAACAUCGUUAAAAAAGAGAGGGGUACAAUUUGUUGAAGUCUGUGUAAUGACUAUUAGAGCUACAUUUACAGCAUAAUAUAGGAAACAAAGUUAGAUGCUCAAAAGACCUCUUAGAGCACAAAAAGUAGGAUAAAACAAUUUCCACAGUCACUGUACGUUGUCUAAAUUUCUUGCCAGUAAUUGAAUUUUGUAACUUUGAGAGUUAAAAAUUGCUGGAGUCAGAUAAAAAGUAUUGUCCAGGUAAGCUGGUUUUUAUCCUUUUAGCAUUUUACCUGAGGAAGUUCACUACCCAACAGAAGCAGGUCAUGCUAACCUGCUCUGUGCCUAAAUUAGUUUAUGUGUUAAGUCAACAUUACUUACUUACAUGUGUUAGUUUCUGUAGGGAUUUUUUAUAACACUAAAAAGGUAUAUUUACGUUGAAAAUGCCGCUCUCCCUAUUUUUGAUGAGUCGCAGCUGCGCUAGUUGAGGGUUCUAGAAAUGGGGCCCCUUCAGGGAGUUCCGCGUAAGUCGACCACUGUGGUUGAAAACUCGGCUCAUCGUCGCGGCUCCGUGGCGCUUCGAAGACAGUCAGCCCUCGGGAACCCGCUGUAAGCCAGUCUUGUAGCACCCCUGUGUGGGGAGCUCUGGUCUCACCAGCCUGCAGAUUAUUUUCCUAAACUCUUUUUGAAAUUUUUAAUUUCAAUAUGGGUGACUAUUUUAUGGCCACGUUCGGCUAAGCUAGUAGCUCAGUCUGCUGUUAGCUCAGUAAAAUUGAUCAAAAUGCACAUUUCCCAAGACAGAAAUCAGGAUGAGGUCUGGGUAAUAUAAAGUGAAUCAUGAAUUGUGUCAACAGCGUAUUCAUGUUCUAACACAGAUUGGUUUCGAUAGCUAGUUUCCUUUACUAAAUUAAAAGUUUGAUUACUGGGUUCUCAGUUUGCUCUGGUUGUCUUUGUCAGAACCAUUUCGUUUGAUUAACCAAAACAUUUCUGUGUGACAAAAAAACAUGAGAUCUACUUUUUCACGGCACUGUACAAUCCUGACUGGCAUAUUAAUUUAAGUUGAAAUAAAGCGUUAAAUAUUUGUCGUCUUUUUCUUAAAAUUAAACCUAAAUCUGAUUGAAAAGAAAUGAAAGACAGGAGCUCAUGCACAGUAUUGUAUUUAUUUAUUUAUUUUAACAUAUUAAAAACAGCAAAAGCAACUUUCCUCUUAUGAGUGUUUUUACUGUAAACAUAUCCUAAAGUGAUCUUCCUCAAAAUCCCCUGAUGGAUAAUAACUGAAGAUUUUCCCAUCAGUUUACAAAAAAAAAAAAAGAGAGAACAUUUGGUUUUUGGUUGCAAAAUGUGUCACUCUGUUGACAAUCGCAGAAAACUGAAUUCAUACAGAGGAGAAACAUUAAUAAAAUGUCAGUUGUGCUUUGUAGAUGGGCUAACAGGACUCAGUACUUCACAAUUAAGACAUUCUGGACAGCUGAAUGACCUGUUUUAAAUAGGGAGUCUGGGAAAAAUGAACAGCAGUUUCUUCAAACUUAUUGAAGGCAUUUGUUUUCUUCAGUUAUAGUCAUGUACAUUUUUCUUUAAAGUCAUUGUAGCUGCAAGCACUGUUAGUUCACCUUGUGUGGGAUGGAGAAACUUCAUUGGGUUAGAGAACAAAUUAAAAACGUACGGUAAAAGUAUGGCAAGGAUAUCCACUUUGAACAAUUUCUAACUCCAACAUCAAACUGAACGACGAACAAAGAUACUCGAACAAAAUGUGUGGCAAGAACGUGUCGCCAUUCACUGAGCCGACAUGUGUCCAUCUCUAUUUCAAGGCAUACCUCUGGUGAACGGAUAAAAACGCAACAAAUCCAUGCCUGACGGGAAAAAAACAGAUGAGCUAACUGCCACACCGGUUUUGGUAUCAAGGUUUAAAAACAAAAAAUAAAAUAAAAAGAAGUGUAGAUACACUUGGCAGUAUGUUUGCGAUCUAAGCAGAAUAGAAACACAGCCACGUUUGGCUCAUUGGAAAAAA